AUGCUCAGAUUCAAGAACAAAUUCAGAUUCGGCUCAUCCGAAAAGGAGACGCCGCAGCAGUCCAACUCUCCUCGCAACUCAAGUGAGUCUCGCUCUACUCUAGUGCAAAACUCCUCGGUUCCAGACAUGCUGAAGCUUUCUCUCAACGAAAGAGACACACCUUCUCCAUCGCUGCAUGCCUCCAAACAGAAAGACCAGCUGUCAGACUCCUCAAGGAGCUCACCACAUAAUCCUACUGCUACGUCAAAUCCGGGCUUGCUUACAGUGAAGUGUUACCGCUCUCAAAAUAUUGAGCUCCCAAUCAAGAUCGUCAACAAUAAGCAAAUUUUACAUGCUUUGGCUUCAAAUACGAAUGAUUCCAACACAGGCUCAACCCUUUCCAAGCGACUCAAUGAUUUAAUUCAGAAGGAGCAGGCUAACUCUAGUACCUCGGACCUUAUCGAGGGCUCCGCUGCUGCCUCCUACUUACCGUCCAAUAUCAACAUCCCCAAUGCCACCGGAGACAGAGUCACUAAGGCCUUGUUGUACAUGACAAUGGAAUUUGACAAUAACGUGCUUAUGAUUGAACCCAGAGGCGGAACUGUUGACAGCUCUCAGUGGGAUAGAGUGGUGUCUUUCGAUGUCACGAAAACGGUAGGAGGCGGCUCCACAGGAUCGAACUUCCUCAACAUCAGUUUAUUUAUAAGGUUGCCUAGAAACUUGAUCCCAGAGCAAGAGAAUGGUACCAAGAAGCAGUUCUUCGCUAAGGACGGCUCCAAUAUCGGUGAUUUACUCGUGGGGCAGAUCAAGUUGCCUUUGAACUUGCGCUGCCACAACAAAACCAUUCGUUUGAUCGAUCACGAAAACCUCAAAUUCAAAAAGAGCUUCGAGCUGGUCGCUGACGACAUGGCCAUUGGUGAAAUCAACGUGAGCAUUGACUUCAAGCCGCUCCUCAAAAACCACUUGUCAAUUGAAGAAUUUGACUUGCUCAAGGUCAUCGGUAAAGGCUCUUUCGGAAAGGUCAUGCAAGUGAUGAAGAAGGACACUAGACAGAUCUACGCAUUGAAGACCCUCAGAAAGCAGCAUAUUAUCUCUAGAAUGGAGGUUACCCAUACACUUGCUGAGAGAACUGUGUUGGCUCGCAUUACCAAUCCAUUUAUUGUUCCACUUAAGUUCUCAUUCCAAUCUCCAGAAAAGUUAUACUUGGUGUUGUCUUUCAUCAAUGGUGGUGAAUUGUUCUACCAUUUGCAGAAGUCGGGUAAGUUUUCUAUGAACAGAUCAAGAUUCUAUAUUGCCGAGCUUCUUACAGCGUUAGAAAGUUUGCACAACCUCAACGUCAUCUAUAGAGACUUGAAGCCCGAGAAUAUCUUGCUUGAUUACCAGGGACAUAUCGCCUUGUGUGACUUCGGCUUGUGCAAGCUCAACAUGUCCAAUGAAGAUAAAACUAACACCUUUUGUGGAACUCCUGAAUACCUUGCUCCUGAGCUUCUUUUGAAUCAAGGCUACACUCGUAGUGUGGACUGGUGGACGCUCGGUACAUUAUUAUAUGAGAUGUUAACAGGUUUGCCGCCAUUCUACGACGACGAUGUGCCAACGAUGUACAAGAAAAUCAUGCAGAAUGAAUUGAAGUUCCCAAGCUUCCUCGAGGAGACAGAGGCUAAGGACCUUUUGACCAAGCUUUUACAGAAAGAUCCUGCCAACAGAAUGGAUGACGCUCAGGAGAUCAAGAAUCAUCCAUUUUUCCAAGACAUAGACUGGAACAAACUUUUAGACAAGGCCUACUUGCCGCCCUUUAAACCUCAAGUUGAGAGUUUGCUAGACACAUCCAAUUUCGAUCACAGUUUCACCAAUGAACGCCCGCAGGACUCCGUUGUUGAUGACUUCUUGAGUGAGUCCGUUCAGAAGCAGUUUGGUGGCUGGACCUACAAUGGUGAUGCUGUGUUCUGA